ACAUGUAAGACACAUUGUCACUUUUAGUAAAACUGGAUUUUAUUUUUCUUUCUUUUUUUUCCUGAUCAAUAUAAAUACAUAUCUUGCAAAAUUACAACCCCCCAAUAAAUAAAUAAAUCUGAGCGCUGGCUAUAACGUUAAAACACAAUUUACGACAGUUUGUUCUCCUUUCUGGCAGAAUAAUAUUACAAAAGUGCGCAUGUCCAAAGAAACAGAGAGGAGGAAGUGAUUGUCUGAUGAAGAUGUGAGAUGGGCACUUGAGCAGGUAGCGCUGAACAUACCGACAUUAGAAAGCAUGAGAAAGAGAAGAGAUGGACGUGUGGUGAAACGCCGGGGUGGUUGGUAUGAUGGAAGGACUCGGGAAGGAGAAGUCCGAGGGCAGAUCUAGAGCCCCACCGUGUCCUGAUACCCCCAGAGCAGACGCAUCCACGCGGCAAUGGGAACUCAAAGGCUGCUUUGGCUCAAAUGAAACGACCCCCUUGCACCAGACCAAUAAAAUCAAUCACUACAUGGACACCCGAAAGCCUCUGCUGGAAUUAAAAGAUGUCCCUCCUCCACCACAACACCCACCCCCUCUCCAUUUAUCCAAGCCCUUGCCUCUGCCCCACCUCCCUUUGCCGCCUCCUCCACCUCCUUGCUUUCUUGCUCCUCCUCAUUUAUCACAAGACUGCCAGCAGCAGCGACCCCUUGAAGGGGCUAGCCCCAAAGUAAGCCACUGCGUCUACUGCAGUACAGAUGGGCGUGGGCUGCUGGGUGGCAGUGCUGGUAACAGCAGCUCCACCAUCACUGGGGUGGUUUCACUUUGCAGGGCUCUCUGUUCCAUGGGAGAUCCCAUUUGCAGCAGCAGCGGGAGUAUCAGGUCUGGGACCUGUCCAGUGGCUUCUUCUGUUCGUCCAUGUCAAUACCCCCUGAGCUGCAACAGCGGAGGCCAAGUUCCUGAGUCUGUGCUCAGGCUUGGGUGCAAACCUCAGUUGCACAGCCCUGUUGCCAUCUCUCAACCCCUUUCUUCUCACCACUGCCUCCCCUGCUGCUCUGGGCUCCUUCAAACCUGUUCCGCCGUACCCUCUCCAUGUAGUCAGCCCUCCUCAUUUCCUCCUUCGGUUCCCUCUUUACCUGUUUCUGUCCAUGACUCUUGCCUGGUAUCUUCUGGCUUUUACACCUACGAUGUCAGCUGCGACUCCUCAGCCAGAAGAUCUCAGAGAAGUGCACACGGGGAUCAAACAACCGGCACCGCUGUCACUACCACAACCUCUACAGCACAGUUCUACUCCAAUCCAAUUCACUUAAAUGUAGAGCGCACAGCUUGUGUGAAGGGGGCUCACUGCUGUCAGGACUACUUGAUGAAGCCUGUGAAUGGUGAGACUUCAGAGACCAAUGAGGUGUGGCCCAAGCUUUGUGUCCCACAGACGGCUUCUCAUCCCAUCCCUGUUUGCAACGGUUGUGGAACGUCUUCUGAUGCCAUGGCUCUUUUGUCGAACGCCAGCUGUGGGACUUCGUUUAAAUACGGUUCUCCAGAGAGUGGUGGUUCUGAGAACAUUCCUCCGGUUGGCGUCUUUUGGGACAUCGAGAACUGCAAUGUUCCCAGUGGACGCUCUGCUGGAGCCGUGGUCCAGCGUAUUCGUAGCCGAUUCUUCAAGGGUCACCGAGAGGCAGAGUUUAUUUGCGUUUGUGACAUCAGCAAGGAGAGCAAGGCUGUCAUCCAGGAGCUGAAUAACUGCCAGGUUACUGUUGCACAUAUUAAUGCCACAGCCAAGAAUGCUGCAGACGACAAGCUGCGUCAGAGCCUGCGGCGCUUUGCUGAGACCCACACUGCACCUGCAACUGUAGUCCUGGUGUCCUCUGACGUGAAUUUCGCAAGUGAGCUGAGCGACCUGCGGCAUCGGCAUGGCUUCCGGGUGGUGCUGGUCCACGGCAGCCACACUUCCUCUGCUCUGUUGCAACACGCCCACCACCAUGUGGCCUUUCAGGAAAUUACAGCUGAUCUACCACUGCGACCGCUUGACUUAACAGAGCCCAGUUUCAACCUUCUGUAUGUGCACAACCUCCCUGUCGACUGUGACAAGAGCCUGCGGAACGCUGUGAAGUUCAGGCUCCGCCGCUUAUCAGACAACUGUGGUGGCAAGGUGCUGGGCAUGUCCCAGGGCAUAGCGGUCCUCCGCUUUGGCAGCCCCGAGGCCGCGGCCCGCGCCUGCAAGCGAAUGGAAAACGAGGACGUGUUUGGCCAUCGGAUCACCCUCUCCUUCUCGCCGGGGUCCACAGAAGGCGCAGGUCCUGAGGCUGAGCCCCAGACUCAGCCCCAUCACUUAUCUCAGACCCAAACCAAGCAAAUCCAGGUCUCUGGGUUUGCCCAUCUCCCGCCCGCCCCCGCCUUUUCUUUUCUGCCCCUUGAGAAGCCCAGGUCACCCAGGAGGCCACGGCGAGCUACCCGCCCGUGCCCCACUCUUGGCCCAGUGCCCGAAAGGCCCUACAGCCCCAGGAGGGGGUCCAGUGGGCCUCCCGGUGGCUCUGCAGCCAAGCUCCAUCAGGACCUCACAAAUGUGGAAGCCAAACCCAGGAUGGGUCAGCAGCAGGUGGAAAAAGUCCCCAUGUUGAACUCAUCCCAUCAGAGUAAUGGUGAAACGUUAGAACAUCUGUCAAAACCUGGAUUCAGCAAAGAAUCGAUCUAUAGGAGAAGAGAAAUUUCCCAUCCUCAUAAUGGGACCGGCCCCCCUGCGGAUAAAGGAGACAGGAACAUUCAGAUCAGCACGCCGCUAGCCUUCAGCAAAUUAAACCUCCACAAGAGCUUCAGUCCGGUCGUCGUCUCUCAGGGCUCCUGGUCUUCGAGGAGCACCUCCCCCUGCCUGUCCAGCCGCUCCUCGCCUCUUCUUGCUGCCACGCAUACCCCUGACGGUCGCGCUGAGCCUUUUUCAGAGGGCGCCGAGGUGCAGGUGGCUAAUCUGGACUACAGAAUGUCUCGAAAGGAUCUGCAUCAGACGCUGCGGGACACCUUCUCCCGGUUUGGACAGGUGAAUUCUGUGGAGCUGAGCCCCCACACAGACUACCAGCUGAAGGCUGCAGUUCAGAUGGCGUCCCUGCAGCAGGCCAUCAGUGCCAUCAGCGGCCUGCACCGCUAUAAGAUCGGAAGCAAGCGCAUUCAGGUGUCUCUGGUCACGGGUGGCAACAACAAAUCUCUAAGCACAGAGAUCAUCAGCAUUCUUCAAGAUUCACCCGCCAACUGCCUUCCUGUCUUCAAGUUUCUAGAGAUUUAUGAGAAAAAAUAUUCCCGUAAGAUUGCUGUCAGCGAUCUGUACAAGCUGCCCGAUUUGGUCUCAGUGCGGGAACAGGGGGGCUCCAGGCUCGUAUGCCUGUUGCCUCACAGCCAAAUACGUCAGAGUCCACUGGGAUCCUCUCCGUCUCAAGAAGGCUCCUCUUCUGUAAACGGAAGCCCCGUUGUCUUUGAGGAGCUGGAGUACCACAAACCCGUUUGCGAACAGCAUUAUGCAAAGCGGAACUUCAGCGAGGCAGAUUUUGACCCGGACACCUACAAAAUCCCAUUUGUUGUGAUGUCACUGAGUACUUUAGCUUCUGAGCUCAAUCAUCUGCUGGAAUCGCACGGUGGGACACUUCCUCUCCUCAGUUUUCCAGACUGCUAUGCUGCUGAGUUCAGCCCACUGGUUAUUGGCAGUGAGACGAUGAAGGGGGCUGUUCCCCUGGAGCAUCUCAUUACCUGCGUUCCCACCAUCACCAUAGUCAUUGCUCAGAAUGGUUUUAAAGUCAUCAAGUGGCUGCACAGCAAACCGCCUGCACAGAUUUCUGAGCCAUGGAUUCAGCGUUGCAAAAGUCCAGUAGGAAACCCUCAACUCAUCCAGUUCAGCAGAGAGAUCAUCGACCUGCUGAAGGGCCAGCCAUCCUGCAUAAUGCCCAUCAGCAAAUUCAUCCCUGCAUACCACCAUCACUUUGCCAAGCAGUGCCGCGUCUCUGACUAUGGCUUCUCCAAGCUGCUGGAGCUUCUAGAGGCGGUGCCUCAUGUGCUGCAGAUCCUGGGUAUGGGAACCAAGCGUCUACUGACCCUGACCCAUCGAGCUCAGGUGAAGCGCUUCACUCAAGACCUGCUUAAGCUGCUGAAGUUUCAAGCUAGCAAGCAAGUGGCAGUCAAAGACUUCUUGCAGGCGUAUCAUUGGUGCUUCUCCAGAGACUGGAGGGUAACUGACUAUGGCACAUGUGACCUGAUGGACCUCCUGACAGAGAUCCCUGACACUACCAUCACUAUCUCCCACCAGAGCUCGGACACGGUCAUCUCCGUUCCCAAGAGGGAGCGCACUGCGGAGGAGAUGGAGCGCACCAAGCAGUUUGGGAAGGAAGUGGUGGACCUGCUCCGUCACCAGCCUCACUGCCGAAUGCCUUUCAGCAAAUUCAUUCCUACCUACCACCAUCACUUUGGCCGUCAGUGCAAGCUGAGCUACUAUGGGUUCACAAAACUUGUGGACCUCUUUGAGGCGAUCCCUGAUAUUUUGAAGGUGUUGGAGUGCGGUGAGGAGAAAGUUCUUGCUUUGACAGAGGUGGAGCGAAUCAAAGCUCUGGCGGCGCAGCUGGUCAAAGUGCUUCGGGCGCAGAAGAACUACAGCCUUCCAGUCAGCCAGCUGCUCACAGAGUACAGCAAAACCUUUGGGUACAGUCUGCGCCUGCAGGACUUCGACGCCCCCUCCCUGUCCACCCUACUGGCUAAGCUCUCUCAUGUUGUAAAGGUAGUGGAUGGUGCAGAGGGCAGGGAAGUGCAGCUGAUCAACAGGAAGUCUCUGCGGACGCUGACCUACCAGCUGCUGGCUCUCCUCAUGUCCCAAGAAACCGAUCAGGUACCCAAAGGUAUGAAGGUGGAGGAGCUGAGCCAGCGGUACCAGGCCGUUCACGGGGCACUGCUGAACCCCUGUGAAUACGGCUUCCUAUCCCUAAGCGAGCUGCUCAAGAGCCUCCCAAAUCUUAUGCAGUUGUAUAAUGAAGAAAAUGAAGAAAACUUCAAAGCUGGAGAUGAAUACGUGAGGCUAACCAGGCUUUUUCAGUUUGCUCGUAACGUGCGUGCGCUGCUGCACACCUACCACUACAACCAGAUCUUCCUGACAGAGUUCCAAGGAGCUUACAGCAAGUUCAUGGGCAGCAGCCUGGAACCACGCUCAUACGAGUGUGUCAGCAUCGAUGAUCUGCUCAAUGCCAUUCCACAGGUGGUCUGGAUCAAGGGACACGGUCACAAGAGGAUUAUCGUUUUAAAGAACGAUAUGAAAGCCAAAGCAAGUUCUUCAGUACCCAGCAGCCCCCAGCCUGCAGAGAGCCCAAGAGACAGUCCUGUCAGCACUGCAACAUCUGGUACUCAUAGUCCUGGUGCAGAUGGAGAUGGCGCUGCAGAGUCGGAACUGGUGUGUCUCACACCGCCGGUGGACCUGUUGUGCGGACCUGUACCGUCCUGCCUGCCAUCACCGCAGCUCCACCCCAACCCCAUCGCCCCCCACCAUGCAGACCUGAUCCACUUUGAAGGACGUUCAGCUUCAGGGCAACCAGCAGAUGGAGGUCCCAAUCCAGCCGAGGCCCCCAGCCUCAGCAGAGAGGAAGACUUUCCUGCUGCCAGACCUCUUCCUCCCCAUCAGUCCCUGGGCAGUCCCAGCAGAAGAGCUUCACGGAGCAGGAUCCGCCUGGCUGCUAACUUCUCACUCACAUCCAGAUCUUCUCACACUUCUCCUGCAAAUCCGGUCUGACACCCCGACCUGAACCUGCAGUGUAACUCUGCACAGAACAGCAUCAGCUGAUGUGCAGCACGUCUCCUCUGAAAGUGAUUGGUCCCGUUCUAACCGGCUGCGUUUCCUCUUCUCCUCUUUAGUCUUUCCUUUGUCUCUCUGAGCUCACAAAUCUUCCCUGUGAUCUUCACCAAGCUGUGAUCGUCUUACUGCAGAGUUCCUGCAGUCCUUUCGUUUGUCAAGCUCUUUGCGGUUUCAUCCCAGGAGCGGUUGGGUUUGGUGUUCAGCCCACAAACUCUGAGGGAUGGAAACGAGUUAGUCGUCACUGUAUCCAGUGUGAGGUGGAGAGGUUAAAGACAUGUAGCUACUUCUGUUUUCAGUUGAUGAAUUGGUGUAGAUACAUUUCCUCUGUUAAUAUGUUAAAGAAAAAGCAUGUAAGUGAAAUCCAGCUGUAAAAUGUUUGAUUUGCUGAGGUUCGCCCUCCUGCUGUUUCUGUUCCACAUAGGUAAGAUGGUGAGAAUUUCAGUUGGGUGCUGCACAGAGUUUGGAGUAGUUUUUUCUGAGGAAAACAAUGGUCUGAGUCGUUUCAGAUCAAAACAUUUUGACUGAUAUUGCUGCUACCUGAGAUUUUUAUUCUGGUCUAGUGGUUUUUGUUUUCAGAGACGGACUUGUUUCUUCAGGGUCGUUGAGCUUUUGGCAGCAGUAGCUAGACGUUUUCUUGGAGCCAGCAGCCAAACUUCUUUGUGUUGUCUUAGCGGUUUUGCACUGGUUGGAGGCGGUGUAAGUGCACACAGGUUGCAUAAGGGACUUUAUGCAACACGUUCUAUCCAGAAGGAGCAGCCAGCAGGAGUUUAAGGUUGGUCUUGGUGGCUCUGGGUCGUCCUCGCUGACGCAGAAGGUUUAUUCAGGUAACCUUUGCACCGUCACAGGAGGGCAGCACGUACUGUCUGUUUUUUUAAUUGUGCAGACGGAACGUCGGUUUGUUUGUGGGACCGGAGGUGAUUGGUUUUGAGGACCAACCUGAGCACAGACCUGCUACGGCUCUCUGGAGCAAACCGGGCUUUUACAAUGGCUUGUAUUGGCCUCGGUGCUGAAAGAAAGCGUCACCUCACAUUUUUUAUCUAACGGAGGUGUUUGUUUCCUGGGCUUCUGGUAGACUUCGGCUGCCUGUGGUGUUGAGCGAAAGCAGAGUGUCCGCCGUCGAAGGUUGCCGUCUCUUGUUUAGGAUGGGCAGCGGCCCAUCUCAUCAGUGUGUUGGCUUUCCUGAUGACUUUGAUCUGAAGUUUUCUGGACUCCACCUGUCAUCUUAAGUAUUUUGCUUUUAAGUCGGCCUAAUGUUCUGAUUUAAUCUUUGCUGCAGUUUUUAAUAACUCAUCAUCGACUUGAUCAAAUAACGAUUGAAAUGAAAAACUGGAUUUAAUUUGGCAUAAAAAGUUUCAGUGCAGCUCACCAGCCUCUGGAUGCUGCAGUGACGGCUAACUCAGGAGAGAGUGUCUUUGGUUUAGUUUCAUCAGUGAGAUGCUGCUGUGCCUGCUGAACAUAUGCACUUACAUGUCUUUCUGUGGAUUAUAAGUGCAUCUGAAGGCUGGCUUAAGAGUCGCGUCCUUAAGGAUGUUUUUGUGCUUGAUGGCUGUCGGCACCGACCUUUCUCUGAUUUGCACUUUUAUUGCUUUGCUGCACCAAACUGGGUUGUAACAGUUCAAUGUUGUUAAAGGGACCAAAAGAUUUCCAUGAAUAAAUCUCACAAGCAUCACA